CCGACAAUGUUGAACCAGCCGGCUCCUCCCUCUGUCGGUCGAACCACACCUGCGCACGGUGAGCCCGAGCAAAGAUGGCGCCUGCUCUGUAGUCGGACUGCGGUCAGCGAGCAAGUGUUUUCCCGAAGUCAAAAGUCACCGAUAAGCCAGCGAUCACAGGACACCGGGCCAGAGGAGACAUCGGUACGCUGUCGAGUACAAGCGGGACACGGCAGUUUGACUGUCGACCGGUUUGGGCCAGUUAGAGUGCGACUUUCGCUCAGUAUACCAGCAGGCUACGUUGAACAGUGAAAUUAUACCCCGGCCAGACUUUGACAGCGGGUUGUUCUGCACUCGUCGAGGGAUCUUAGGGGGUCGUCGAGGUGGCGUAAUGUGUCACAGGUAAUCUUGAAUUCCUCCGCUAAUUCCCCCCACCCCCCCCUCUCUGGUCAAGGCGAUGAUGUCGUCGCCCCCCCCCGGGCCCUCGGCCCUGGACUCCCUGUCCGUGGGCUCCCUGCUGUCGGGGGAGCUGGAUGAGGAGGAGGGGGACGGAGCGGAUUUGGGGGACCUGGAGGUGAACCCGUACGACGGGCUGCCCUUCUCCUCCCGGUACUACAGCCUGCUGGAGCGCCGCAGGCAGCUGCCCGUCUGGAGCAUCAAGUACAGCCUGCUGGAGCUGCUGGAGACACACAGCCUGGUGGUGCUGAGUGCUGAGAGCGGAGCGGGGAAGAGCACGCAGGUGGCGCAGUGGUGUGUGGAGUAUGCGCUCUCCCUGCAGUUCACAGAGGGGCUGGUGUGCUGCUCCCAGCCCUACGGGCCUGCUGCGGGCAGCCUGGCGCUGAGAGUGGCCGAUGAGAUGGACCUGAGCCUGGGCCUGGAGGUGGGCUACCGGGUCCCCCACGACGAGGGCUGCACCCCCGACACCCUGCUCCGGUUUGUGACGGACUCCCUGCUGCUGGGGGAGAUGAUGUCAGACCCGUUGCUGCGUCAGUACGGGGUGGUGGUGGUGGACGAGGCUCAGGAGCGCACGGUGGCCACGGACGUGCUGCUGGGUCUUCUGCGGGACGUGUGUCGCCAGAGGCCCGACUUCCGGGUGGUGGUGCUGACCUCGCCCCCCCUGGGCCCCCGAAUGGCCGCCUUCCUGGGCGAGGACACGCCCCUGCUGGCCCUGGCCCCGCCCGCCGACCCCGUCGCCGUGGAGACGCUGUACCGCGACCCCCCGCCCGGCAGGGAUCCGGCGGCCGCCGCCUGUCACGUGACCCUGGACCUGCACCGCCGGGGGGAGGCUGGGGACGUCCUGGUAUUCCUCUCCAGCGCGCAGGAGGUCAGUGAGUGCAGGGCUCUGUUGGAGAAGGAGUCUGUGGCUCUCAGUCCCCAGUUGGGUGAGUUGAAGGUGCUGUCCCUGUACGCGUCACUAGGGGGCGCCACCCAACGCGUCUACGACACAGGACCAGAGAACCUGGAGGAGCCCCAGGGGGUUCCGGGGACCACCAAACGACGGGUCAUCCUCACCGACACCCUGGGAGAAUCUUCCUUCUCACUCGACAACAUCCGCUACGUCAUUGACACCGGCAUGCAGCUGAAAACCGUCUACAAUCCACAAAUCAGAGCAGACUCCCAGGUGCUGCGGCCAAUCAGCCGGGACCAGGCGGAUAUGCGCACACAGAGGGUGAACAGUAGCUCACCAGGCCUGUGCUUUCGGCUGUACCCCCAGGCCCUGUACGAGGGUAUGGCAGAGACCCGCUGCCCGGACGUGGGCGAGGCUAACCUCAGCCAUCUGGUCCUGCUGCUGAAGAGGCUGGACAUCGCCGACAUGGGCCAGUGCAAGUUCCUGGACCGGCCUGCCCCGGAGGCCCUGAUGCAGGCCCUGGAGGACCUGGACUACCUGGCGGCUCUGGACGAUGACGGGAACCUGUCGGAGGUGGGCAUCAUCAUGUCCGAGCUGCCGCUGGAGCCGCCAUUAGCCAAGGCCCUCAUCGCGUCCUGCGAGUUCGACUGCGUCAGCGAACUCCUCACCAUCGCCGCCAUGCUGACGGCCCCCUCCUGCUUGGUGACGCCCCCGCCCCAGAGUGAGGAGGCUGCUGCCACCCAUCGGCGUGUCCUCCUGCACGCGGAGGGAGACCACCUGACCCUCAUCAACAUCUUCAACGCCUACGUCCAGCACGAUGGGGACGAGGCGUGGUGCACCAAGAACUUCCUGAACGGCGCCUCCCUGCGGCUGGCCGUGGUGAUCAGGGCAGAGCUACUGGAGGUGAUGCAGCGAAUCGAGCUGCCCGUCUCACCCCCCGCCUUCGGUUGCCAGGACAACAGUACCAACGUCAAGCGGGCGCUCAUCUCAGGCUUCUUCCUCAAGGUGGCCCAUGACGUGGACGGUCUGGGUAACUACCUGCUGCUGACUCACCGCCACGUGGCACACCUGAACCCCUUCUCCUCGUACCUGUGCCGUCGGCCCCGCCCGGCCCCGCCCAGCUGGGUCCUGUACCACGAGUUCACCAUCUCCCACGACAACUGCAUCCGCACCGCCUCUGAGAUCCACCCGCACAUGCUGGUGGAGCUGGCUCCUCAGUAUUACCUUGGCAACCUGCCGGCCAGCGAGGGGCGGGACCUGCUGAUGGAGCUGCGGCAGAAUGUGGGGGCGGCGGAGGAGGAUCAGGGCCCCGGAGGGGCCGGGGGGGGUCAGGACCCCGACAGCGAAGCCCCGGACAGCACAGAGAUGUGUUUACUGCAGUGAGGAGCCAGGAGAGCCACACACACUUACUGACACACACACACACACACAUGCAUGUGCACACCAUACACACAGACGCUUACUGACACACACACACACCACACACACACACAUGCAUGCACACACCAUACACAUACACACCAUACACACAGACGCUUACUGACACACACACACACACACCACACACACGCACAUGCAUGCACACACCAUAUACACACAUGCAAGCACACACCAUACACAAACACACACCAUACACACAGACACUUACUGACACACACACCACACAUGCACAUACACGCACACAGGCACACGUACUUACACACACACACAUACCGGCAGACACAUGCACACACACACACACACACACACACACACACAGACUAAAUACCUUACUUACACAGGUAUACACACAUUCAUUCACAAAUACUAACUGAUUUAUAGUGUACCUGCACUACUUGCACUUCCACAGGUAUACACACACAGACACAGACACAGACACAGACACACCCGCCCACACACACAGACACACACACGCACACACAGACACAUGCUCUUCUUACACAGACUGCUCUGCACACUUUCUCCAAAGUGCAAUACAGUUUGACCAAUAUGAACACUUUGAGCUGAAGAUGAACAACAUGCUACUGUCCCAAGGUUUAGUAGCUGCUGUCAUCGGAAGGCAUCCUUUGAGUGGACCCAUUUUAGCCUUAACUGGUGUAACUGGAGAUGGACUGGGAUGAUCAAAUUGGGAUGAUCAAACCAGUAAAGAACUGAACUAAUGCUUCACUAUGGAUAAUUGAAAUACUUGAGGAGAGAUCACAGGGAAUUGUGAUUAAAAUAGAAAAAAAGUUUGUAACUGUCAACUUGACAAAAAAAUGAAACUACAUUUAUGACUAUUGACUAUUUAUAUGCCAUCCAUCUGUAUCUUUUUUGAUUUGCAAGAUGUGGCUUUUUUCCACUCAAGGUCCACUUAUUGUUUUGUACAUAACUGUGGACCAGUGACAAAGAGACAAAGGGCUCGAGACACCAAAAGACACAAUUUUAUAUUUACACGGAUAUGUAUAUGUGACAUUCAUAUUCAGGAUCUCAUGUGAAUGCCCACCACCAUUUCUCUCCCUGGCCUCCAGGGGGCAGACUAACCUGUCUGUUAGCAGUCAGUCUGUCUGCAUGCAGCAUUUACUGCUGGGACCGGAACGUCUCCAGUCCUGAGGGUGGGGGGGGUUGGCUUGGUGCCUGCAGAUUUCUAUGGUAUCCUUUCAUUAAGGGCAUACUACGCAGGAUUUUUUUAGCCUUGCUGUGGUCCUGUGUUUACAAUCAAAGGCGUCUCCUCCUCCAUUCUCAAUCCCGCCCACUCGCCUCCAUUUUGAUGUUUAAAAUCCAUUUCAGCGUUUUUAUCUUUGUUUUUCAAUAACUGUCGCCAGCGAGGAAAAUCAUUCCAGUGGACUCUGGUUUUUGAACGGAGCCUCGUCAGCUUGUCUUAUUGCUUCUUUACCUCCAUUUCAGUCACUGGCUGAAACCUAAUCCAAUCCCAGCCCACAGGCCCCAUAGCCGCACCCACCCCUCCCCACGCAGAGCGCCACGUCCACAAAUGUCCCAAACACAUCUUUUGAAUUUGAAUUUGGCUAGGGCAUAUUAUUUUCAAGAUAGAAAUCCUGCAUAGUAUGCCUUCGAGCAGCCAAUCGGAAUUUCUAUUUUCAAGCUUUAGCGAAUCAAAGAGAGCUGAUUAAUGUGUUUACAAGUGAGGUACAAAGUGGGCGUGGCCCAAAGUCCAUUUGAGUUUCACACCUUUCCUUUACAUAUGUGCAUUAUUAUUAUUGUUGUUAUUGGUAUUAUUAUGUAAGGGGUUGUGUUUUGGAUGUACACUACUGGACUGGCCAGCUUAGAACACUCAAGGUCAGAUUUUGGGUGUGGUUCCCCAGGGGUCAGUGUGAGGCCCAAUAGGCUGAGUGGGGGCGGGCGUGACUGGACCAAACCCAUCUGGGGCUGUUGUGUGAUGAUGACUGUGGAUCCUCAGUGUUGGGCUGGACUGGGUUGGGUUGCUUUGGGUUGAGGGACUUAUUGUCCUUGCUGUGAAAUCAAAUCCUGCUACCGCUCAUGGUCUAUCAAAUACUCAGUGGUUUUUUGUUUUUUUUUUACUUCUGAACUCUGACCUCUUCGUGCCCUCUUCUUUGUUAGUUUUUUUUUGUGUUGUGUGGUGUGUGAUGGGGAGAAAAUUCCUCUGGUAUCUCACAUUAUGUCUGUCGCAAUGGAAUUAAAUUGAAAGGAAAAUGGC